UCCAGAUCCCAGAGCGCCCUUCUCUCCUCCCCGAGAGCCCGGCUGUCUCAAUUCGGGCAGCUGGCCGGAGGCGAAGAGUCAGCGACUCCCGGACGGAGAUCCCACCGCUCGGUACAGACAGUUGCCAACAGCGGAGUCCCCAAAGUGCAGCGGCGGCAGCGGCGGCGGUGGGGAAAAGCGGAUUCCGCCCCAAGCCACACCGAGGGGAGCUUGCGGUCUCGACUUGCCGCCCUAAGCACUCUUCCAAGUCCGGCCCGCUCGGCGAGGACUUCCGUCUUCUGGGCGAACCUUGUCAAGCAAGCUGGGAUCUAUGAGUGGGAAGGUGACCAAGCCCAAAGAAGAGAAAGAUGCUUCCAAGGAGCCUCAGCUUAAGGGAAUAGUUACCAAACUGUACAGUCGACAAGGCUUCCACUUGCAGCUGCAAGCAGAUGGAACCAUUGAUGGCACCAGAGAUGAGGACAGUACUUAUACUCUGUUUAACCUCAUCCCUGUUGGUCUUCGAGUGGUGGCUAUUCAAGGAGUUCAAACCAAGCUGUACUUGGCAAUGAACAGCGAGGGAUACUUGUACACCUCGGAACAUUUCACACCUGAGUGCAAAUUCAAAGAAUCAGUGUUUGAAAAUUAUUACGUGACAUAUUCAUCAAUGAUAUACCGUCAGCAGCAGUCAGGCCGAGGGUGGUAUCUGGGUCUGAACAAAGAAGGAGAGAUCAUGAAAGGCAACCACGUGAAGAAGAACAAGCCUGCAGCCCAUUUUCUGCCCAAACCACUGAAAGUGGCCAUGUACAAGGAGCCAUCACUGCACGAUCUCACGGAGUUCUCCCGAUCUGGAAGUGGGACCCCAACCAAGAGCAGAAGCGUCUCUGGCAUGCUGAACGGAGGCAAAUCCAUGAGCCACAAUGAAUCAACGUAGCCAGUGAGGGCAAAACAAGGGCUCUGUAACAGAACCUUACCUCCAGGUGCUGUUGAAUUCUAGCAGUCCUUCACCCAAAAGUUCAAAUUUGUCAGUGGCGUUUACCAAACAAACAGGCAGAGUUCACUAUUCUAUUUGCCAUUAGACCUUCUUAUCAUACAUACUAAAGCCCCAUAAUUUAGAUUGAGCUUGUGCAAAAGAAUGCCAAACAUUAUCAGUGAACUAAAUCUGGGAGAAGGACUGCCAAAUUUUCUCAUGAUCUCACCUGUACUUUGGAGAUGACAAACCAAAAAUAUUUCACAGCACUACUGCUGAUCAAAAUUUACUCUCCAACCAAGAAAAUUUAAAAGACCACAAUUAUUCUCCAAAAACAAAACAAAACAAAACAAAACAAAAUUAACUGCUUAAAUGUUUUGUAGGGGCAAACAAAAUUAUGUGAACUGUGUUGUUUUCUUGGCUUAAUGUUUUCUAUCUACGCUUGAUUCAAAUGUACUCUUUACUUUGGUAUAGUGCAAAUUUAUGGAUUUCUGAAAUUCAGUGGUUCUAUCGACUCGGUGUCACCCAAAUCAACCAAAUUCAGGGUUGAAUCUGAAUUGGCAUCUCAGGCUCAAAGUAACAGUGUUCUUGUGAUUUGGCAAUUUCUUUUUUUUAGAUUUGUAGUAUUCUGGUCAAGUUCUUGUGCUGUACUUUGUGCAUAGAAAUUGAAUUGUAUUGUUAACCCCAGUCAGUAACGAUAACUUAAAAAAUGAUUACCCUCAAGUGUAGAUUUCUCUUAAUUCCAUUUGUGUAUCAUGUUAAAAUGUUGAUGUGGCUUCUUGUGUAAAGACAGGAACUGUGAUAUUGUCUUUUGUGUUAUUAAAAUAAGAAGUGUCUUAUCUGUAUAUGUAUGAGUCCUCCUGUCAUUGUAUUUGGCACGUGAAUAUUGUGUACAAGAAAAUGUUAAGACUGGUUCCCCAUAAACAACAUAUAUUAUACUUGCUACUGGAAAAGUGUUUAAGACUUAGCUAGGUUUCCAUUUAGAUCUUCAUAUCUGUUGCAUGGAAGAAAGUUGGAAUCUUGGCAUAGAGUUGCAUGAUAUGUAAGAUUUUGUGCUUUAAUAUUUGUUAAAAUCUGUGUUCCAAAAGUGGACAUAGCAUGUACAGGCAGUUUUCUGUCCUGUGCACAAAAAGUUAAAAAAAAGUUGUUUAAUAUUUGUUGUUGUAUACCCAAAUACGCACCGAAUAAACUCUUUAUAUUCAUUCAAAGAAAAA